AAUGUUGCCACGUUGCAAAGGAAACCACAGCUGUCAAAAAAACACAACAAAAAAUCUAACCUAUAAAUUUGUUGAACAUCUUUGACCGAAUUAAAAAACCAUUCUGUUAUUCAUAAAGGACCGUAAUUAAACUAAAAACCAAAAGUUGUUAAGCUACGAUGGACGAUUUCGCGUGUCCGAGAUGUCGAACGACCAAAUUUCAAAAUCCUUCCUUGAAAAUGAUGGUAAAUGUAUGCGGUCAUGGCUUGUGUGAGAGCUGUGUUGAUUUAUUGUUUUUAAAAGGUUCUGGAAGUUGUCCAGAAUGUCGAAUCCCUCUGCGCCGAAACAACUUUCGGGUGCAAAUGUUUGAAGAUGCCACAGUGGAAAAGGAAGUUGACAUUCGCCGGAGAGUCUUAAGGGAUUUUAACAAAAAAGAGGAAGAUUUUGCUAGCUUAAGGGAAUACAAUGAUUAUUUAGAAGAAGUAGAAACCAUUAUUUAUAACCUAACUAAUAACAUAGAUAUUAUAAAUACAAAUAAAAAAAUUGAGCAGUACAAAAAAGACAAUAGAGAACUGAUUCAAAAAAAUAAAAGUAGAUUAGGUAAAGACGAAUAUGAAAUUGAAGAAAUGCUUGAAAUAGAAAAACAAAUGAAUGAAGCAAGGAAAGUUGAAAUAUUAGCAGAAGAAUCUGAGGCGAAGAAAAAGAAGCUGCAACGCAAAGAAGCUCUGAUAGAUGAAUUGAUGUUUUCCAACACGGAUGCCAAAAAUAUUGUUGAAACAUUUGCCCAACAGGUCAAGGAGGAAAAGGAGGAAGAGGCUAAAAGACCCCUGCAGAAAAUUACAAAAUUCUCCACAGGAAUUGAGUUUGGUAGGAAAUCUCAUAGCACAUUUUUGCCAGUUCCUGUGGAUGAUGGUCCCCUGUACCACUAUAAACCUGUUGUAAUAGAACCAGAUGGGCCACAACCACCUUCAGAAGAAGAUAUAAUACAGCAAAAGUUUAUUAAUCAUAUUAGGACCGAAACUGAGGCAGAAAGAGCUGGAGGAUUUAAUACAAAGAUUGCCUGUUUGCGAGCCCUACAAGAGGCCAUGAUGGGACUUUAUCAUACCAAGAAAUUAUAGUUAACAGUUAGAAUAGGUAUCAUAUUUAUAUUUUGUUAAAUAAAUUUAAGUUUAACUUAA